AUGCACAAGAUCAGCAACUUCACAGGCCAGGCCCGGCAUGGCUGGGAACGGAUGACUCCUGCAGCAUUUGGCAUGUCUAGAUUCCACCAGGACAUGUCGACGCCGCAACCACUGAGACGUCCACAAGGCUCGCCAGGAAUUGUCUCCCCAUCGGCAUCCGAAGCCACCUCGGUCAACCUGUCCUUCAACGUGCCCUUUGCCUCGAGCCUUGCUGGCCCCAACCCCGACGAGAUCCUCCACUCGAGCCCUGGCGCUGUCCAACGAUGGACUUUUCCCGCGGGUACUCCAGAAGGCACACCUACACACAAACUGCCUGUUCACGUUCAAAACGAGGAGAGACUGCGGUCUUUGUGUGCAUACAUCAGUGACCAGAGCGGAGGGCAUAUACAAGCGACUGUAACGUCGUCGGAGCCAAAAGCUAGUCCAGCGCUACAUCGAAAAUCCCAAGGUCUAGUGACAAAUGUCUGCAUAUCAGGAGACGGAGACCUGGUCUACAAAAUGAGGUCUAAGAUUCUGAACGAGACCCCAAUUAUGAUGCGCUCUGCUAUCGUCGACAUCGAUCCGGCCUUGAUCUUAGACGGGGCAGAAACCGGAAUCCGCUCCAGUGUUCUUAGUCACAUUGACCUUUGUGCCAAAUAUACCGGAACAGAUAUCUUCCUCCUCAAACCUCGUAACGCCGAAUCGUCUGCUGCCAAUGCCUCUUACGGCAACGGUGUUGAUAGUGGGCUGGAUCAGCGUUAUCGAGUCAACAUUUUUGGGGAUAUGGAGAGUGUGGAACACGCAAAGACCCGAGCAUUGAUGAUGAUUGACCAGAUACUCAAGCACAAGAUCGACGUGAUCAAACUCGAGGUGUCGAUGCACACUUUGGUUUCAGGCCGUACCGGCAAAAACAUCAAGAUGAUUGAGUCGGCUACAAAAACUGCAAUUUAUUUCCCCCCGCCAUUUCCUGGCGUUUUUGGAUACGUACCCCCUCAUGCCACACGUCGAGCUGCGGAUGAGGUCUUCAUUACAGGAGAAACACAGGAACGGAUCAACCAGGCAAAGCAGAAGCUGAAAGAGCUGGUCAUGGGUAUCAAACUCUACUCCAAAGACGCUGUGGUGUCUGCAAGCAAAAUCGACAACAUCCUACUCGAUCGCCUCGACAAAGUUCGGAAAAUCAUGGAAACCAACGGUUCGCAUGUCCUUUUUCCACAGCUUGGCAGCCAGCGUGGACUCGUCCGAGUUCAGGGAACUGAAGUCCUUCAUGUCGAGAGGACGGUGAAGGAGAUUAUGGCACUUGCUGGCCAGUUCUUCAGUGCCUCAUGGUGGAUCAUGAUGCCUGAUCCCUCACAGGGCCCUACUCUCCGCUCUCCAUCUCCCGAAGAUAUCCGGAUCAUGUUGAGCGACAUUUGCACAAACUCUGGCGCAGAGAUUAGCUUCGAAAAAUUCACGUUCACCAUCAACGGCUCUGAUGAUGCGGUUAAAGCGGCAAUGAUGGUCAUCAACCAGAUUCCAUUCGUCAAGAGAACGCCAUAUCAAAUGCGUGUGAAGAUCGAGCUGGCAAACGAGCACAAAGAAUUCGUAAGUGGCAAGAAAAACGGCAAGAUAAACAAGAUCAUGGGCCAGAGUGUGUACCAUAUCCCCAGCCGACCCCAACCCAAGUUAACCGUCAUGGCAGGCAAUGUUCAAAUCAUCUUUGAUGGUUUCAACGAGUACAAUUUUUACAUCGACGUGGUUGGCACUCAGUACGAGGCUACCAAGAAUGGCUUGGAUCUUGUGGAGCAAGAGAUGCCGGCGUCCAUUUCAUUCCAUGUUCCUGACCAGUACCACAAACGCAUCAUUGGCAUUGGUGGUCAACACAUCCAACGUAUCAUGAAGAAAUACUCUGUUUUCGUGAAAUUCUCCAAUGCAAUGGACCGCGGAGGAGUGGGUAAGGAUGACGAUGACAUUAAAGUCGACAAUGUUAUAUGCCGCACACCAGCACGCAAUGCACAGAGCCUGGAUCUGGUUAAGCAGGAGAUUAUGGACAUGGUUGAGAAAGCAGACGCCGAGUUCGUCUCCGAGACCGUGGUUAUCAAUAGACUCUACCAUCGCGAACUGAUCGCCAGGCUACCCGAGAUCGAGGAGUUGGAGAAGAAAUGGAACUGCAAGAUUGACUUCCCUAACACUGAACAAGCCAGUGACGUGGUCACCAUUUCUGGUCCAGAAUAUCAAGUGCCACAAGCGGUUGACGCCUUCUUGGGGAUGGUUCCAGAAAGUCACGAGAUUGCUUUUCAGAAGUCGGACGAGCUGGAUGCUUUCUUCAGCAGCCCGGAGUUUUUCAACGAUCUCCGUCAGAAGUUUAGGGAUCAGUACGAAGUAGACGUACACGCGAACCCGGAAUUCAGCAGUCUGCCAAAGUCGGCUACGGCGUCGGUUGAGCGAAUUGUUGGUCCCUCAGAAGGACGACUGGUUCUCACAUACACGCGGAACAAUGCCGGUGGUCUCAAAGACGCUAUUGACUACCUCAUAUCACAGCUGGUGCCACACGGGCUCGACGCCACUACUGUCAAGGGGGCAAUUCCUCGUCCGAAGUCCGACUCGUUCGAGGACUCGCUUCCCUUCUUCGAGUCAAAACUCUUGCAGAAUGCGCCGUCCCUUCACUCUACUGAUUCGCCGACCCGAUCGAGCUUUGCGGAUGGAGAAAACACAUCAGGGUCCUCCGAGCGGGCCUCUUUGUUUGACCGUCUCCGGAAGCCUGGUAGCAUCUCGUCGUUCUCGUCGUUCAUGAGCCGCAAAAACCAGAACAACUCUCCCGGAACAUUCUUCAAGCAUGCAUCCUCGAACGCGAGUAAGGCAUCUCUGAUUUCCAUGGAGAGUCGGGAGAGCGGAUACAGAAACUUUUGGAACGACAGUGGCGUCAAUCUUCCCGAGGAAGAAGUCUCCAGUUCUACACUCAGUGGUGGCUGGCCAUCACGUUUUCGAGAAGACAAGUUCCCCUUUGGCACGGGUGGCAGCAUCUCCGGAGACCGAACUCCCAAGCACGAGCCUCGCGCGAGCUUCGACUCGGGCAGGCCACCAACAUCGCAUUCUUUUUCGUCCUACCCGGCACCAAUUGGGCCGCAUCAUCACAAUCAGAUCCUGAGCAGUGCGACCGGGCCUGCUAGCAAUUUGAAUCUUCCUUUACGCUAG